AUGGCAAAGUGGGGAGAGGGCGAUGCAAGGUGGCAGGUGGCAGAUUUGGGCGAGGCCGGCCGCAACGUGAAUGCCUGGCACUGGGUGGAGAAAGAUGCGCUGCCCUGGAGCCGGGAGCGGCUGCAGGAGCUGCUGGGCUCUGCCGACCUGGCUCCCGGCAGCGGCCUGGCCGUGCGCGGCACGGGGCUGAAGAGCUGCGAGGGGGAGGCUGUGGUGAACAACCGCAAGAACAAGAUCAUCGCCGCCUAUGAGCUGGCGGUGGUGGUGGGCUGGGAGUGCGUGGGCGAGGACGGCGGCACCGUGGCUGGCGAGCUGCGCAUGCCCUACAUCUCCGAAGAGAACCACGACGAGGAUCCAGAGCUGCAGGCGCGCUGCGGGAGCAGCUCCUGCGCCGGCGGGGCACUGGCGUGGGCAGCAGCCGGUGGCGGCCCACCCCCUGUGGCUGCUGACCUUCCAGGCCGCGGCAGCCACGUGGCCGUCACAAGCGAGGGCCCUGCUGCUCAGAAGGCCAAGGAGGCAAUCCUGAGCAGCGGCAAGAAGGUGAUCUAUGAUGCAGUGGCCACAUUUGUCCAGGAGCUGCGGGCGGGUGGCCCCAUGCGCAGCGGCGUGGCCCAGCCCAAGGCGGCUCCCGCACAGUCGGUGGAUGCCGCGGUGGCCGCUGCGGCAGGGGAAGCCAACGGCAGCUCAGCGCCGGCGGCGGCAGCAGCGACGCAGCCGGUGGCGGCGGCGGAGAAGGAGAAUGCGACGGAGACGCCCGCGGGCAGCGGACACAGCAUCGAGCUGCGAGAAAAAUUCUUUGCAGGGGCGGCAGAGCUGUUUGAAUGCUUCACCGUCGCGCCACGCAUGAUGGCCUUCUCGCAGAGCCCCGCAGAGGCGCAGCCGCAGCCGGGCGGCCGCUUCUCGAUGUUUGGGGGCAGCGUGCAGGGUGUGUACCGGGAGGUGCAGCCCAACAGCCGCAUCCUGCUAGACUGGCGCUUCAGUAACUGGGAGGAUGGGGUGUUCUCCCGGCUGGAGCUGUGCUUUGAUGAGCCCGACAAGGGGAAUACCACCGUCACGCUGAAGCAGACCGGCAUCCCCGAUGCCGACCGCUUUGGCAACCACGACGUGGUGGGGGUGACGGAGGCGGGGUGGCGCCAGCAGGUCUUCGACCGAAUCCGCCGCGUGUUUGGCUACGGCUGCUGA